UGAGCAGAGAUGGCUGACAACUCGGACUCGCGGGAGUCGGAUAACAACAGCUGGGUGAUCGCUGGAUCCGAGGUGUUACCUGUGGAAGAACUCGGCGUGGAAGGUGUGGAGGAAACUGUGGAAGAGGCUGAACUGGCAAAAGAAAGCACCCAUGCGCCUCCCACUGACAGCAAAUUACCCGCCGAGCCUCCUGAACCAGAGGAAGUCAAACUCAAGGACCCUGGGGUGGAGUUGGCUCCCAGUUCUGGCCCAGCCAAGACUCCAGGGCCCACCCCCUUGGAAAGAGAGCUACAUUUAAAGGAGCCGAGCCCUAGUGAUGUCGAGGCGAGAUCCGCACCCGCCACUGAGGAGACCCUGAUCAUCCACAAAGCAGGCCCUCUGGAGCAACGUGCGAGCACAUCCAGCAGUGACGAAGAGGCAGCUGCGGAGCGGGACGUCGAGGGCCUGCGCAGACGGAAAGGCCGCGACGUGUCCCCAGCUCAGCCUGGGGGCGCCCACGACAGACACAGAGAGGCCCUCGAGAACGAGGACGGGGGGUUGCCUGGGACGAAAUGGCUGCUGGGGAUGCUAGCCCUCCUGGGGCUGGGCUUCCUGGCCUUCUCAGGAGUCAUCUUUGAUCUGGAAGAAGGUAAGUCUGGGGAGGGUCCUGUGGACUCCCUGGGCACCCGGAGGAGCUCAGAGGGAGAGGAGCUGCAUCCUGGCACCCACGGGAAGCAGGACUGGCCGACUUCGCCCACGCCGGAGCCCAGGAGGGGCGCCAAGCUGCCACGAGCCAAGGACGAGCCACUGUCGCAGACCCCUGCCAAGCCCCACAGCUUGGACGCCAUGGGGGUCCUGUUAGACAAGCUAGCCAAGGAGAAUCAGGAGAUCCGGCUCAUGCAGGCCGAACUGCAGGCCCAGAAGGAAGAGUUGCAGGGCCUGCUGCAGAAGACCGAGGGCGAAGCGCUGGAGUUCACCUCUCAGCAGCAGAACUUGGCCGUGGAGAACUCCCGGCUGCGGGAGUCCCUGCAGCGAGAGACCUCUGCCCUCCUGGCCGCGCAGGCCGAGCUACGCUUUCUCCAGGAGAAGCUGCGUGGGACGGCGGGUGAGGCGGACGGCGCCCGACCCCGGCGGCACGGGGACGAGGAACCCUCCGCAGAACGCCAGCGGGACCAGGCCAAGAGGCCGGAGCCGGAAAUCCGCUGGUUGCGGUCCUUGUUGGCGUCUGUCCGUCACGACUUGGCCAAGGUCUUAGAGAAAGCUCCACCUGGCGACGGGGCUGAGGGGCUGCGGACGGAGCUGAGCGCCCUUCAGCAGAAGCUGGCCGGGGAACUGGAGCGCCCCGGGGGGGCCAAGCCGUCGUGGAGGGAGGCCCCCAAGGCCAGGCGAAGCAAGGAAAGGACCUGGCCGAAGCGGCACGAGAGCCAGGAGGGUCCACGGCCUGGGUCCCCCGAGCCCGGCCCCACCAAGGACCACCGUUCGGCACAUAAGCCCUCCAAGGCGCCAGACGUCGGGCCGCAACGUCCCAGGAAACACCAGGCCCCGCGGGAAGCCAAGCCGGCCAAGGAGAAGGAGCCCCAGAGCGUCGGACGGAAGGUCAAGAAGCCUGCUGAGCCCAGUGCAUUGUGGGAGGCGCUGACCCGACGCCAUUUUCGGGCUCCCCAGGGCUGUGCCAGCGUCGCCGAGUGUGCCCAGCAGGAAGGGCUCGAGCCGGUGCAGAAAGCCGGCUUCCUGCAGAUAGUACAGGCCUACCUAGCCGGGCUGGGCUGGGCGGAGCACUACGGGGGCCUGGCGGCGGCGCUGGAGGGCUUCUUCGGCAGUGACGGGGCCUUCGCCCACAACCGCACCGGCUUCGCGGAGCUCCUGGACGAAGUUGAGGACGUUCUGGAGGACCUGGCCGAGCUGCUGGGGGUCAGCGAAGAGGCGGUGGAUGAUUUUGAGGAGGUGGUCCUGAGGCAGCUCAGAGCGGCGCCGGGGGGCAGGUUUGUGCAACGGGACGGCAGCGCCCAGCGGAACCCGAAGGAACGGCCGCGCGAGGGUCACGGCCGCCGGAACGGCAGAGAGGCCAACCACCGAGGCCACGGCUAGAUCCACGGA